AUGGACCUGAAGGAGAGCCCCAGCGAGGGCAGCCUGCAACCUUCCAGCCUCCAAAUCUUCGCCAACACCUCCACUCUACAUGGCAUCCGCCACAUCUUCGUGUAUGGGCCGUUGACCAUCCGGCGUGUGCUUUGGGCAGUAGCCUUUGUGGGCUCCCUGGGCCUGCUGCUGGUCGAAAGCUCUGAAAGAGUGUCCUACUACUUCUCAUAUCAGCAUGUUACCAAGGUGGACGAGGUGGUGGCCCAGAGCCUGGUCUUUCCAGCUGUGACCCUCUGCAACCUCAAUGGCUUUCGGUUCUCCAGGCUCACCACUAACGACCUGUACCACGCUGGGGAGUUGCUGGCCCUGCUGGAUGUCAACCUGCAGAUUCCUGACCCGCAUCUGGCGGACCCCACAGUUCUGGAGGCCCUGCGACAGAAGGCCAACUUCAAACACUACAAACCGAAGCAGUUCAGCAUGCUGGAGUUCCUGCACCGGGUAGGCCAUGACCUGAAGGAUAUGAUGCUGUACUGCAAGUUCAAGGGCCAGGAGUGUGGACACCAAGACUUCACCACGGUGUUUACAAAAUAUGGGAAGUGUUACAUGUUUAACUCAGGCGAGGACGGCAAGCCUCUGCUCACCACAGUCAAGGGGGGGACGGGCAACGGGUUGGAGAUCAUGCUGGACAUUCAGCAAGAUGAGUACCUGCCCAUCUGGGGAGAGACAGAGGAGACAACGUUUGAAGCAGGAGUGAAGGUCCAGAUCCACAGUCAGUCAGAGCCGCCUUUCAUCCAAGAGCUGGGCUUUGGGGUGGCUCCGGGGUUCCAGACCUUCGUGGCCACACAAGAGCAGAGGCUCACGUAUCUGCCCCCACCAUGGGGGGAGUGUCGGUCCUCCGAGAUGGGGCUCGACUUCUUUCCUGUUUACAGCAUCACCGCCUGUCGGAUUGACUGUGAGACCCGCUACAUUGUGGAGAACUGCAACUGCCGUAUGGUCCACAUGCCAGGAGAUGCUCCUUUCUGCACCCCUGAGCAGCACAAGGAGUGUGCAGAGCCUGCCCUCGGCCUCCUGGCAGAAAAGGACAGCAAUUACUGUCUCUGCAGGACACCCUGCAACCUGACCCGUUACAACAAAGAGCUCUCCAUGGUGAAGAUCCCCAGCAAGACGUCAGCCAAGUACCUGGAGAAGAAAUUUAACAAAUCUGAAAAAUAUAUCUCAGAGAACAUUCUUGUCCUGGAUAUAUUUUUUGAAGCGCUCAAUUACGAGACAAUUGAACAGAAGAAGGCGUAUGAAGUUGCUGCCUUACUUGGUGACAUUGGUGGUCAGAUGGGAUUGUUUAUUGGUGCUAGUAUCCUUACAAUACUAGAGCUCUUUGAUUAUAUUUAUGAGCUGAUCAAAGAGAAGCUACUAGACCUGCUUGGCAAAGAAGAGGAGGAAGGGAGCCAUGAUGAGAACAUGAGCACCUGCGACACGAUGCCGAACCACUCUGAAACCAUCAGCCACACUGUGAAUGUGCCCCUGCAGACAGCUUUGGGCACCCUGGAGGAGAUCGCCUGCUGACACCUCAGGCGACCCGGCACCUCCAAACAGACCUUAAGGCCCAAGACCCAGGACAGGGGACAGCAAGCUCAGAUGGGAUGGCCCCUGAUGACAGGAAGAAGCAAGAGCCCCCCCAAUGCACACACACACACACACACAUUGCGAACUUCUGCCGAACCUCACUCUGGCCACAUCUGACAUGAAUCGUCCCCGGGCCCUGCCACUUGCCCCUUGUAGGACCGAUGAGUCCCACUCCGGAACUGUCCAAGGACUAACCUGCCAUCACAUCUCACUGCCAGAUGUACAAAGCACCCGCAUGCUCAGACUUCUCACGGCGCCACCUCCACUUCUGUCUUGUACACGAUAUCUUCUCCACGCAGUUUCCAGAGCCCCACUCUGCAGCCUCGGCAGUGGGACCAGGUUCCAGCCCCAAAGCCACCCUGAGCCCAGCUCUGGAGUCAAAAACUGCACGGUCAAGAAGGAAACCACCGAACUCUCUACAACGUUUGAUCCUUGUUUGUGAAGGUUCUUCACCUGCCCACGAACCCUUGUCCCCCAAAACUGGCCCAUGGGGCUCCUGCGCUAAAGGUGACCAGUGCCAGCCUCCUUCUUAUCCCAGCACCUGUGGAGGUGGUACAGUGGCCUGGGUGACCCCAGUAUUCGUCUGUGGAGCCACGUCGUUCUCACCCUGUGACACAGCUGUAGAGUUUGAUUUCUUUUGUUUUGUUUGGGGGCGGGGGCUGUUUUUGUUCGUCUGUUGAAGAUUGUUUUGGUUUGCUCUGUUUUGUGGUCUUCAGUCUGGAUGUUCUAAGGUUCGGUUUGGGUUUUCCAUUUUCUUUGGAGUUUAUUUAUUCGUGCUUCGAACCACAGUCAUAUUAAAAGCUGGUCUUGUGGAA